AUGCGAGCUUCUCCUCAUCGCCAAACCAUUGCCAAGCUGUUCAACGACGGCAUCUCCAUCGGUGACAUCGCUCGAAGACUUCUUCUUCCGAGAGCAACUGUCUAUCGAGUUGUGCAACAAUUGAAAGAUCGAGGACAUGUGUUGGAGCUUAAGAAAAGCGGAAGACCUCGUACUGUCAACACUCGCCGGACUCGUGGCAUCAUCAAGAAGAGAAUCACACGAAAUGAUGCGGUCAGCAUGAACCAAAUGGCUUCAUCGCUCGGAAUCUCAAGACAAUCGGUUCAAUCCAUUGUGAAAAAGGACUUGG